GUGAGUGAGUGCCUUCAGAGUAAUAUAAUAGAAUAGAUAUUUAAUUUAUAUAUGUGUUAAUUUGGAGAGACAAGUGGCUGCAACACACACUUGCUUUCGUAGUUUGAUUAGUUAAGGUUUAGGAGAAAGAGAGAAAGAGUUUUAGAAACAAAUUCAAGAUGGGGUAUUGGAAGUCUAAGGUUCUUCCCAAGAUCAAGAAGGUUUUUGAGAAGAAUAGUACCAAGAAAGCUGCUGCAGCUGCUGAAGCCUCUAAGUCCUUUGAUGAGUCUAAGGAGGAAUACAACAAAACCUUUGAAGAAAAGAAGACUGAACUUCAAACUAAAGUAAUUGAAAUAUAUGAAGCUUCAUCAACUGAAAUCAAGGGUUUGGUUAAAGAACGCAAUGAAGAUGGGCUAAAGAAGAACUCCACAGAAGUCCACAAGUUCCUAGAAGAGCUUGUUAAAAUUGAUUUCCCUGGAUCAAAGGCAGCAUCUGAAGCAUCUUCCAAAUUUGGACCAGCCUUGGCUUCAAGCUCGGUUUUCUUUGUGUUUGAAAAGGUGUCCACUUUCAUUGUGACAGAAGAGAAAGAGAAAGUUGAAGGUGUUGAAGCCACUUCUGCAGAAACUAAAACAGAAGAAGAAACAACUAGCGUGAAAGAGAGGGAGAUAGUGGUUGAAGAGGAGAAAAAGGAAGAGGAAGAGAAACCCCAAGAAAUAGAGACAAGUGCUGAGAAAAAGGUGGAAGAAGAAAAACCAGAUGAACCUGCUGCUAAAGAGGAAGAGAAACCGGCUGAACAAGCAGAACCACCAAAGCCUUGAGAAUUUCGUUCUGAAUAGCAACUAUAUGUGUUGCUGCUUCUUGAAGAUGGAUGCAGCAAGAUAUAUAUACGUGUAUCUUUAGUUUGCAAUUUGCAUACACUCAAAAUUGUCACAUACCAUUAUUCCCUUAUUCUUUUAUUCCUGUGUAAUUGAUUUUGUGCUGCUUAGUUUGAUAUUGUUGCAGAUUUGGUGAUGAAUAUGCAUGUGAAUUAAUGUACUAUCAUGAAACGUUUUGUAAUUUUCAUUUCCAUUUUUCAGUCAAAGAAUUGUGACGUGGAUUUUAAUUGGGUUCAUCGAAUA